AUGUCCUCAAGCAAUAACUGCCACUACAAUCAAGAUGCUCAAAGAUCUUGUUUUCUUUCAUUUGGUAAUAAUGAAUUUGGUCAGUUAGCAACUGGUGAUUCAAUGAUUAGAAAAUUAGAUCAGAUGGCUAGAGUUUCCCUCCCGAGUGGUUUCUCCCUUGAAUGUAUUCGUACUGGAUACUUUCAUACCAUUGUAGUGGGAAGGGAUAGUAAGAGUGAUAGUCAAUAUUGUAUUCUCUCAUCAGGGUCUAAUAAUUCGGGACAAUUGGCUCAAUCCAUUAAUACAAUGCAAUCAUUUGAUUUGAAAGUUAUUAGGGAUUUUAAAUGUUUAGGUUCGAUUAAAGCAAUUGAAUGUGGUUCUAAUUUUACAAUGGCUUUGUCUAAGGAUAAUAAGUUAUCUGCAUGGGGUGAUAAUUGUAAUGGCCAAUCUGGAUUGAAAAAUUGGAUUGAGGUUACAAUUCCUAAUCCAGUUCCUUUAAAGCUAUUAAAACAAGAUGAUGGAAAUGAUGAAGUUAUUGCGAAGGUUGUUUGUGGUUUUGAUCAUACUGCUUUGAUUUGUGAGAGUGGAAAUGUCUAUUGCACUGGAAAGAAUAAUUUUGAUGAGUUGGGUGUUGAAAGAGCUCAACAUCACAACAAUAAUAUUAACAUUUUUAGAAGAAUGAAGGGAAUGGAGAAGUUUAUUCAACCAUCAGAGAAGAUUACUCAAUGGGCAUUUGGUGAAGAUCAUUCAUUGAUAGUUGUUAGCGAUGAGAAGGGAGAUCGUCUCUUUGCUAUCGGAUCCAAUAGAAAUGGAAUGGCUGGAGCAGGUAAAGAUGUAGUUAUUCUCAAUGAAUUUAAGCAGAUUGACAUACCUUCUACCUCACGAAUUGCAAAAGUUGUAUGUGGUGAAAAGCACAGUGCUGUAUUGACAGUCGAUGGUGAAUUGUUCAUGACAGGAAAGAAUUCUGAGCUACAACUUGGAUUACCAACCAUUAAUACAUAUUACAAAUUCACACAAGUUUACAUUCAUGAUACAUUUAUUGGGGAUGUUUUCUUGGGAGAUAAUUACACUAUUGCUAUUUCUAAAAAGAAUAGAAAUGUAAUGUUUGGAACUGGAAGAGGUUUCAGAAAUUCUGGUAAUGUGAUUUCAUCCCUAAAUAAGCUAUCAACAUUUGAGAGAAUUGACUUUAGUAAGCAUCAAGAUCUUCACAUUAACUCAGUUGCUUGUGGAGGAAUGCACACAAUAUUUUACAGAGAUGACAAGCUUUUUGAUGGCUCAACAGCUGACAAUUUCAAAUCAUCUCUUAAAAGUUCAAACUGCAAACCAUUAUCAGAUAUUUCUUUCAUAUUUUAA